AUGAGGAGCAAAAACUCUUUGGAGCUGCAGAGGACGGCAGCACUCACAGCCGAGGGCUGCAGCAACACUGGCUUUCAGUAUGAUGACGAGUGCUUUGAAAACCAGAAAACAUCCGGAAAUGACAACUCACUAAGGAGUAGAGUUGUGCAAAACAGAGAGCAAGAAAAUGGCAAACAGGGUGAAGAGCAAGUGACCAUUGAGCAGGAUUCUCCAAGAAAUGAUGAAGAUGAGGAUGACCAAGAGACGCAUCAAAAAGGGUGCCUGGAAAGGAAGUAUGAUACAGUUUAUGAUUUUUGUAGGGAACACCAAACAAUCCUUAAGUCCAUGACCUGGGGCAUUUUAAUAGCAGGUUACCUGGCUCUGGUGAUUGCGGCCUGUGUGCUGAACUUUCACAGAGCCCUUCCUCUUUUCGUGAUCACGGUGGUUGUCAUCUUCUUUGUGAUCUGGGAUCACUUCAUGGCCAAAUAUGACUCUCAAAUCGCUCAGUUCCUCUCUCCUGGCCAAAGGCUUCUGGACAGCCACUGGUUCUGGCUGAAGUGGGCGAUUUGGGGCUGCCUGAUCCUGGGAGUUAUUUUCUGGCUGGUCUUUGACACCGCCAAAUUGGGCCAACAGCAGCUGGUGUCCUUCGGUGGACUCAUAAUGUACAUUACCCUGACAUUUCUAUUUUCCAAGCACCCAACCAAAGUUUACUGGAGGCCUGUCUUUUGGGGUAUUGGGUUACAGUUUCUUCUUGGACUUUUGAUACUAAGGACAGAACCUGGAUUUAUGGCUUUUGAUUGGCUAGGGAAACAAGUUCAGACGUUCCUGGAUUACACUGAUGCCGGCUCCUCAUUUGUCUUUGGUGAGAAAUAUGAAGACCACUUUUUUGCAUUUAAGGUCCUGCCCAUCAUGGUUUUCUUCAGCACUGUGAUGUCCAUGUUGUACUACCUUGGAUUGAUGCAGUGGAUCAUUAAAAAGGUUGGAUGGAUAAUGCUAGUGACUAUGGGAACAUCUCCUGUUGAAUCUGUAGUUGCUUCUGGCAAUAUAUUUGUUGGACAGACAGAGUCUCCACUCCUGGUCCGACCAUAUUUACCAUGCCUCACCAAGUCUGAACUCCACGCGGUCAUGACCGCUGGGUUCUCUACCAUUGCUGGAAGUGUCUUAGGCGCAUACAUUUCUUUUGGGGUUUCGUCCUCUCACUUGUUAACUGCUUCAGUUAUGUCUGCACCUGCGGCGUUGGCUGUUUCUAAACUUUUCUGGCCUGAGACAGAAACACCUAAAAUAACCCUCAAGAAUGCCAUGAAAAUGGAAAAUGGUGAUUCAAAGAAUCUCCUAGAAGCCGCAGCACAGGGGGCAUCCUCAUCCAUUCCCCUGGUGGCAAACAUCGUUGUGAAUUUGAUUGCCUUCCUAGCCAUGUUGUCUUUUAUGAAUUCAGCCCUGUCCUGGUUUGGAAACAUGUUUGACUACCCACAACUGAGUUUCGAGGUAAUAUGCUCCUACAUCUUCAUGCCCUUUUCCUUCAUGAUGGGAGUGGACUGGCAAGACAGCUUUAUGGUUGCCAAACUCAUAGGUUAUAAGACAUUCUUCAAUGAAUUUGUGGCUUAUGAGAAACUCUCAAAAUUGAUCCAUUUAAGGCAAGAGGGUGGACCCAAAUUUGUGGAUGGUGUGCAGCAAUAUAUGUCGAUUCGUGCUGAGGCAAUUGCCACUUAUGCUCUCUGUGGCUUUGCCAAUUUUGGUUCCCUAGGAAUAGUGAUCGGCGGACUCACAUCCAUAGCUCCUUCCAGAAAGCAUGACAUUGCCGCAGGAGGAAUGAGAGCUCUGAUUGCGGGGACCGUCGCCUGCUUCAUGACAGCCUGCGUCGCAGGCAUGCUUACCAGCACUCCUGUGGACAGCAACUGUCAUCACAUUUUGGAGAAUGCCUUCAACUCCAGCUCAGUUAGAAACACAACCGAGGUAGUAUCUUGUUGCCAGAGUCUAUUGAGCAGCACUCUUGUCAACGGUUCCGGUGAGGUCAUCCCAGCAGGAAACCAUAGCCUAUAUUCUUUGAAACACUGCUGCAAUUUGUUGAAUCCACCAACACUAAACUGCAGUUGGAUUCCUGUUUGA